AUUUUAUUUUGUACGAACAUAUCUUAAUUUAAUAUUGAUGAGAUAUGCUUUUUAUAAUUUUAUAUUUAAAAAUAAAUUUUUGUUAAUUAUUUUAACAAUAGAUGAAUUAAUAUAGUUAAUGUACGUAAAAUAAAUUAUAAAUUUAAACAGAAAUCGCGUUCGGCUAUUUCCGAAUAUAUCACAAAUUUAGUGGAAUCGACAUAAUUUACCCCCUCCAAAUCGUAGUUCAUUUACCAAAAAGUAGCAUAUGAGAUCGAGUUACGCGCGUAUUUGAUGUGAUUUGUUUAUAUCGUGCUACGAAUUGUAAAAAAUUGUUAUUUAUUAACAUAAAAAACAUGGGUGCUGGUUAUACUGUAAUGAAAUUCUUCUUCAUACUACUCAACGUUCUCUUUUUGCUUGUUUCUCUCGGUGGAAUUGGAGUAUCAAUAUGGAUGUUUGUUGAUCCUACAAUUCCUCUUCAUUUCACUCAAGAAUCGAGAGAUUAUCUGAUAACGACCGUUAUCAUACUCUUAGCAUCGAUUAUCUUGUUAAUUGUAUCUCUUUUGGGAAUAUUUGGUGCAGGUCAGGAAGCUAGAAAAGCUUUGGUUGCUAGUUUCUGCUUGCUUCUGAUAAUAGUUGUCGCCGAAAUAGCAGCUGGUGUUUGGGGUUAUAUAAAUCGGGAUAGUUUGGAGGCCCAUAUAAGAGCGUCUGUUAAACAUUCUGUGGGGGAGGAAUACGACAAAGACGAUAACGUUAAGGCGUUAUUCGACACCAUACAAACCAAGUUGCACUGUUGCGGCGCUGAAAGACCAAUGGACUGGGUGAGAGGUAAGGAGUUCAUAAUGGGAGUUUCUUCUGAUAUAACAACUUACAACGUUCCCGAAUCUUGUUGUCGAACCGGUAUCGCCCCUACGGAAUGCCAGGGCGCCGUCCGCGACAUCCCUAUCGGUAAGGAACCCAAUAAGAGUUUGGUUUACGACAACGGAUGUUAUACGAUGAUUUACGACAAAAUAAAAGAGAGUUGCUGCAUUAUUUUGAUAGUGGGAGGUGUCGUUUUGGGUAUACAGGUCGUCGGUUUAAUCCUCGGUCUGAUUCUGGCUUGUUCGGUGAAUCGGGCGCGCAGGUACAAAGCUUAGAUUUGUAAUUUGAAAAAUUUCUGUUAGUGCGGCUGGUUUUCGAUAUCGGACAAUUAGGAAACGGUGUAAAUUUAUUGACUUAUAAGUUGCUCGAUACGGUUGAGAAUUGACUGAAAAAAUAAAAUCGGUGACAAUAUUUAUUUGUCGGUAUUUGAAAAUCGGCCGUAUUGUAACGAAGUAUUAUUAUUAUUUCUAAAAUGUUCAAAGGAAAUUUAUACGUACAAAGUGGAUUGUUAAACGGGUGGUUUUUUUUGUGGAAAAAUUGUCGAAAUUUUGAAUUUUCACCCUUGAAACUUCGACUGUGACUUAUCAACUUGUCCUGGUAUAUUAAUUUCGACAAAAAAUUGCAAAAAUUUCGAUUGUACGAAAAAAAUUUACAUACAGAUUUAUGAUAUUUUUUUAAAUUAAUCUUCUGAAUCAUCGAAAAUUUGUCCGAGAAAAUAUUCAGGGAAUAAUUUUUUUUGUCAUUAUUUUCGAUUCAACCUUAGGUUUUUAUUAAUUUCGAUAUUCAGUUAUUUGCAAUUUUUCCAAAAUUCCAACUCUAUUCAGUUAUUUCCGAAAAAUUUCAACCACCUCUAUUCAGUUUUUCCAAAGUCCCAACUCUAUUCAGUUAUUUACGAAUGUUACAGAAUUCCACAUCUAUUCAGUUAUUUCCGAAAUGGUCCAAUUUCUGUUCAGUUAUUUUCGAACGUUACAAAAUCCCAUCUCUAUUUCUCUAAAUACUGCCUCUAUUUAUUUGUCUACGAAUUUUUUCCAUCUUUAUUCAGUUAUUUGCAAUUUUUUAGAAUCCCAUCUCUAAUUAUUUCCGAUUUUCCCCACCUCUAUUCAUUUUUUCCAAAUUUUUCAAGUUAUUUUCCAAACGUUUCAAAAUUUAAUCUCUAUUCAGUUAUUUCCGAAACGGCCCCAAUUCCAUUCAGUUAUUGCCGAAUAUUUCAAAAUCCCAUCUCUAUUUUCCAAUAUAUCACCUCUAUUCAAUUAUUUCCGAAAUGGAGACAAUUCUAUUCAAUUAUUGCGGAAUAUUUUUUUAUUUAUCAGUUAUUUUCAGAAAGUUUCAAUAUCUGUUGAGUCAUUUGCGAAUUUUUUAGAAUUCCAACUCGUAUCAAGUUAUUUCUCAAACGUUCCAAAAUCUCAUCUCUAUCAAGUUAUUUCCAAAACGGUCCCAAUUCUAUCCAGUUAUUGCCAAAUAUUUCAAAAUCCAUCUCUAUUUUUCAUAUUCGCUUCUUUAUUCAGUUAUUUGCGAAUUUUUAAAAAUUCCACCUCUAUACAGUUAUUUUAAUUUUGUUUAAAUACCAACUUUAUUCAGUAUUAUAUUUUUCACUUUUAAACCGUUAUUUCUGAGAAGUGCCCACCUCUAUUAAUUACUGUUAAACUUCCCAAUUCUUUUUUCUGGUAUCGAUCUGUUUGUGUAUAAUUAGAGUUGGAAUAUAACGGUAUAUAAUAAUAACAGUUACGUAUUCACUAUAGAUUAUAAACUUUUGCCACCUCUAUUAAUAUAAAUGUUGAAGAUGGGUGCGACUAUGAGUUUUUUUACUAUUUUUCUACAAUGGCCAGCUGUUUACGUCCGCGCAUUAUUUUUAUUAUCGAAAAAAAAUUUACAUAUAUUCUAUAAAACAUUUUACAUUCAAAUGUAAAUAGGAAAAAAAAUCUCUAUUCGAAUACGAGUUCUUGAUGUUUGUGCCAUAUUUAUGUGAUAUACGGGGGGUUCAAAAAUAAACUUUUUGAACCUCCCUGUAUGUUAAUUGCUUAGUCUAACGUCGUUCAGUGUUUACUAUAUUCUAUAAAAAUAUAAAAAAUAUAUAUAUGGAAAGUAUUAUAAAUACGAUUUAUUCGAAUUUGCAUUGAGGGAAUCUCAUUUAUUUAUAGUAUUUUCCGCCUAAUUGUAUAUUGUUAAUAUUUAUCAAAAAAAGGGGGAUUAACUCGAAAUAUUCCUUCUAUUAACUUUUAGAGAAUAAUUUAAAAGAGAUUAAUAAUUUUAGUUGACGAAAAUUUAAUCCGAACCAUGACAUUUUUGAAUGCCGCUGUAUCAAACAUUCCAAAAACGAUUUUUUUCGUCUUAGCAACAAACUGAUUGUAUUGAAUUGCGUCUAUUCCACCAAAAAUUUAUUAUCUCUCUUCAUAGACUGCAAUUUUAGUCUAUAUUCGAAAAUAUUUUUUCGACAUAAACCAAAAUUUCAAAAAAGUUACAAUGGACCAAAUAUGUUGGUCUCUUCCACCAAAAGUGAUUUUUUUUGUUUUUUAGUCAUAAACCAAAUUAUUUGUUCAUUCCACCAAAAAAUAAUUUCAGGUUUUUUUCGUCAUAUAAUAAAAUUUUCAUUAUUCUAUAAAAUCGAAUUCACAAAAGAAAUAUUUGGUAAUCCCACCAAAAUUUAUGUUUCUACAUUUGAUAUCAAUUUUACAAAAAAAUAUUUUCGCCACGAACCAAAAUUUUUGUCUAUUCCACCAAAACAAAAUUGUCUUUUUUCAUAGUUUACAAUUUUGGUCUUUUCCACCAAAAGUAAUUUUUUGUGUUUUCGGCAUAAAUCAAAUUAUUUGAUAAUUCCACCAAAAGUUAUUUUCUGUUUUUUCGUCAUAAAGCAAAAAUCUAAUUCGCCAUAGACAUAAAUCUUUGUUUAUUCCACCAAAAAAAUAUCUUCUGCCAUAGAUUACAAUUUUGGUUUUUUCCACAAAAUAUUCUCCAUCAAUUAUAGAAAUGAUAGAAAAAUAUUUUUUGUCUUAAACCAAAAUUUGUUAAUUUCACCAAAAUUAUCUUUUUACAUUUUAUACCAAUUUCACAAAAAAAAUAUUUUCGCCGCGAAACAAUAUUUUUGUCUAUUCCUCCAAAUUAGAAUAAUAUUUUUCCAUAGUUGACAAAUUUAGUCGUUUUCACCAAAAAAUUUUAACGAUAGAAAAUUUUUUUGUAAUAAACCAAAAUGUUUGUCAAUUCCACCAAAAGUUACAUUUUCUGUUUACUCCACCAAAAACCAAUUUUUCGUCAUAAUCGGAAACCAUAUUUUAUGUUUAUACCACCAAUAGUUAUAUUUUUGAGUAGACCAUUGGUUUCAUUCCACCAAAAAUCAUAUUUCUACAUUUAUAACGUUUUUGUCGAUUCCACCAAAAAGUUAUCUUUCCUCAAACACCGCCAUAAUUCUAUGAAAAAAAUUCUCACCAUAAAUAAAAUAUUUCAUUUAUUUCACUAAAAAUUAUUUUCUCUUUUGCAACCAAAAAAAAAAAAUAUUUUUUCUCCGUAGUCAACAAAUUCUGUAUAUUCCACCAAAAAUAUAUUUUCAGCAUAGACUAAAAUUAUUGUCUAUUCCACCAAUAACUGUUUUUUUAUCAUAGAUCACAAUUUUUGUUUAUUCCACCAAAAAAUAUAAAUCAUCGCUUUUUUCAAAACUAGUUUUAAAUGUCAAAAUAGCGAAUUUUUGACAUUUAUAUCCUAUUUGAAAAUACUCGUAAUUAAAAGGUGUUCACACUAUAAA